ACGGGCCCCAAAUUGGCAACAUGAAGAAAAGCUCAACAGCUACGACGACAAUGUCGUUCCCAACCAGUCCGACCAUUUCGGCGCAUACCAUCACCGGCAGUAAAAUUAGUUUGGGCAGCACAAAGACAGCGACUUCGGGUCGUUCUAGUCGCACGGGUUUGCAAUCGCCACAGCGAAAGAAAAGCGAUCUAGAAUUGGAGUCUAUAUUGGAGAAGGCUAAAUUUUACACAUCGCUGUGCCUUGGAACCACUGCAAUUCUCUCGGUCUUUGCCUUCCUCUUCCUCAUACCAUUCGUUGUGGAUCCGGCAAUUUCGACAAUAAUCGCAGAUUAUGAUCCUGUGCCAGUCACUUGUAUUGUCAUUGAUCAUAUCUAUGCGGAAGGCAUUCGAAAUUGUUCGUGGAGUUCAUGCCGUGAAGGCUGUACGUCAUCACUCACCAAGUGCCAUCAGUUGUAUGUGAACUAUACACGCAUCCCCUUCAGUGAAUGGGAGAAAAAUCCACGUGAAUUGGAUAAGGUGCAAUGGGAUGUUAGCUAUACGAAAUUUCUCAUCAAUUCCGAAGGCUGCGGUUAUCCACCCACAACGAAUUGUAGUGUCUUUGCGCGCCAAUAUGGCUACUCACACAUUGGCGAACCAUUUCCCUGCUACUAUAGUCGUGCCUACCCGGAAGUGGUGAUCGGUCGCUACUCGUGGGAGAAUAAUUUGUAUCAUCUUAUUUUGUCAAUCAUCAUACCAAAUGUGCUAUUCGCCAUUUCGAUUGGUGUGCUAAGCUAUUGGUAUUGUCCCUGCUGCGACAAGGCUUGCAACAAGUCUUCACGCGUCUAUGCGGAGAAGUUUCCCUCGAAGGAAGAAAAACUUCUGUGUCAAAGUGACGACGAAGAUGAUAUGGAAUACUAGUGAACUAGAAAAUCUAGUGUUAUGCUAGAAGAAGAAGAAGAAGAAGAAGAAGAACUCCUCGUAGCAUUAGCAAACAGCUGCACAGCUCACAACAAAUACAAUACAUACAAUGAAAACAAUUUUAGAAAAUUUCGAAAAUCGAUAAACACAUUUUGUAUUCCUAUUCGUAUUCGUAUUUGUAGUCAUUCGUAUUCAAUAGUUAAAUGCCAACAUAUAUUUACGCUCAGAUUCCCAGAUAGUGCAUACAUACAAACAAAGAAAUGUACAGAAAAGUAGGUACGUUAUGUACUCGCAUAGCAUCAUCUAAGUAGCUAUUUAUUCAUAUUCGUAAAUGUACUCUAUGCAGUGUAUGUAUGUUGGUAUGCGAACAAAUGAUGUUCGUCUUCGCAUUCGUAUUCGUAUUCAUGUACUAUAUUCACCUAGCCACCAGUCUCAGUAUUCGUAAUUCGAAAUAUUUUCCCACUCCAUAUUUAGCGCUAAAUACACACACAAACGCAAUAGUAUGUACAUACGUAUAUGUGCUAACAAUACAAUAGUAUAAAUAUACCAGCUUAUCACAAAAGGCCAAUGCAGUAUUUGCUAGUUAUUUCUUAAAGCUUUUAGUCAUAGUUAUUUUCAAAUUGCAAAUGCACUUGAAGUAAAACUUGAUAUGCAAUGCUAUGUAUAGCACGAUAUUAUAUGUAGUAUAUGAAUAAAUAAAAUAUGUAAGCUUUUUUGAAUUUAUAUUAUAAUAAUAAUAAUAAAAAUACAACCCUCAAAUUGUAUAUGUAUAUGAAUAGCCGCUAAGUAAAUGUGUAGAAUAAGAAAGUAUACGUCGACAGCUUAGUUUCGAAAGUUAGCAAAUAAAAACAUAAUAGCAUUGUUACUAAGUAUUAUUUAAGUAACAUUAAUUUAAAGCUUUUGCUCUUUUUGGCAAUGAAAGUGAAAGCUUUGGAUGAAGUGAUAAUUUACAUUAAAACUUUUUUGAAAACUUCAUUAACGAAGAAAUGCAAGUAAAAGCUUUGAAUUAAGUGAAAGCUCUGGAUGAAGUGAAAGCUGCAAGAGUAAAAAAGUUCUGGGCAUAUCUUAUCAAUCCAAUGCAAGCAAAAAACUAAACUUUCACUCCCCAAUCAAAUCACUGUUAUCAGCUUAACUUAACUUUCUUCGUAUAAAUAGUUUCAAGUAAACCCCUUCGUUGAAGUAAAAGCAGCGAGUGAAUAUAAAAACUUUGAUAGCAGCGAAAGCUGCAAAAUUCACAACUUUUUUGAAAGGUUUUGCUUGGUCAGUUUUUUUUUUUUCAAAAUUAAAUACAAGUAAACACGCUUGGAAAAGCGGAGGCUACAAAUUCAAAAGUCCAGCUGAAAACUGUGCGCAAGCUUUUAUACAAGCAAUUCUUUAAUCAGCAAGCGUUUGAAAAAAAAAUUAGCUUUUAUAGAGGUGUUAGCGUUUUCUAAAAGUGGUUAAUCAGCAAGCACUUAAAAGAAGACAUCAUUUUUAGAAUUCUUAGCAACUUUUCUAAAGCUUUAGCAUCAGCAAGCGAUUUAUAAAGAUCUGCUGCAAUCGAAACAGGGUGAAAGCUCUGCGCGUAAGUGAAAGCUUUUUUGUAAAAGUGAAAGCUUUGCACUUUUUUCACUCCCACUUUUGCAGCACAUAUAAGCCAGUCAUUUUAUUGCAUUCAUGCUGUUUAUUUCAGAUUCCUUCGCGUCUAAAAUUUGCAAAACUUCUCAAGCUUUUCACUACGAUAUGUAC